GCCCGGCCGGCUGUACGAUAACCGCCACACAUGUACAAGGCAAGGUUAGCAGGAUGAAGGUCGUGCUAGCAGCAGCGAUUCUCCUGGUAGUAGGGUUUGGUUUCGAGGGGGCGGUGGGGAAGCCGACCCGAAGUGUGCUACAGUUCGGCGCCAUGAUAUCUCACGUCACCGGGCGGAAUCCGUUCGACUACCUCGACUACGGCUGCUACUGCGGCUUGGGCGGCUCGGGAACACCUGUGGACGACAUUGACAGAUGUUGCGAAGUUCACGACGCGUGCUAUGGAGCGGUGGACUCCAGUGACGGCGUGGGUACGGCACACCUGAUCAACUACCACUUUACUCAGGAGGCGGGUGGACUUGUGACGUGUGACGACAGGUUCGGCACCGUGGCCCGGGAGGCGUGCGAGUGUGACCGCGAGGCAGCCUUCUGUUUCGACCGCUACCCGUAUCCGGGCAGACAGCCUUGCUGAACGUAGUGACCAUAGAGUUCGUGCGAUAUGACCCGGUGUACCAAGAAGUCAUAGGUCUCCAUACUCUCCAAGCAGGGGUUAGGCUCUGGCUGCUUUUUUUAACGUUUUUUAGUCGUUUUUAUCGGGCUUUCUAUUUUGUAUUGUAAUUGUAUUGUCAAAACCUGGCGGACUUCAAGGAACGAUACAAAAUAGAAAGCACGAUAAAAACGACUAAAAACAACGUAAAAAACAGCCAGAGCCUAACCUCUGUAUGGAGAGUAGGUCUUCCAUAGCACCUGACGGCUAUACACCUAAUCUUUAUCAUAUUCAUUGAUUAGAUGCCGUUACAAUAAA